AUAUUUUGCCGGCCGAAAUUUUAAGUUUUAUUUUCUUCAUACAAAUCACAAAUUUUAUAAAUUUCAGAAUUAUUAGCAUAUAAUUUUUUUCGUUAUGCCGACUUCUAUACGCGCACUGAUUUCCGAAGGCCUCCGUGUAGGAGUAAUUAUGGCCGCCGGUGAUGCGAUUUGCCAAACAUUUGUGGAAAAACGAGAGUUGAAAAACCUGGACGUAAAUCGAAUGUUGAAAUUCGGUGCUGUGGGUGUUGUCUACGUUGGUCCCGUACUAAAAGGAUGGUAUGGAACAUUAGAUAAAAUAGUGCCAAAGGGGUCCCCACCACUCAAACGAGCGUUAAAGAAAAUGGCAUUGGAUCAAACAUGUUUUGCUCCGUCAUUCAUAGCUAGCUUAAUAGGCAUCUUUGGUCUUAUCAACGGUGAAAGCAUACCAAAAAUCCAGGACCGUUUCAGGAAUGAUUACUUUACGAUUUUGUCACGAAAUUACAUGCUUUGGCCAGCUGCGCAAGUGAUUAAUUUUUCCGUGGUCCCACUGAAUUAUCAAGUGUUAUAUGCACAAUUUAUAUCCCUAAUAUGGAAUAUCUAUCUAUCUAUGAAGUUGAAUGAUGAGAAAAAAUAACUUGCAAAGAAGCUAUACAAAUUUGCUCGAAUAAUCAGCGGAGAGUAAAUAUUUAAUUUAACAAUAAAUAUAGCAAAAGAACAAAAAAGUGGGGAAAAUGUCGAUAUAUUUACAUUAUUGUAUUGGAUACUUAUGUAUAUGCAAAAUUUAAAUUAUUAUGAUCAAAAGCUAAAGGAGGUCUGGUCUACAAACGGUUACUGUACGUGCUCUUUUGAAUAUUUAAAUGGUAUGACAGUUCCUUAAAAGGUAAAUAAAGGAUAUACAGUGGAACAACCUAAAUCACAGUUAUAUAUAAGCUAAAUAAAAUAUUUAAACUGCUCAAUAAAUGUAUUUUUGUUAUAUAUUUUACUGUUUAAGGCUGUGUCACUGUUUUACGGAAAAUUGAGAGCGUAAAGUGGGUGACUUAAUACCACAAUAUAUCAUGAAACCGGAACGAAUACAAAAUAAAUAUAAAUUAUCUUGGAAA